AUGGGUGUCGUCGUUGACCGACUUAAGGGUCGCAAGACCAACCAUGUCGUGGAUGAUCUUCAGCCAGUAGAGCAGCUUCCGAAGGAUUCCCAGACGGAUGGUCCAUCUGCUAACCUGGGACUCUCCGAAAAAGAUGCCCAGCCUGAAGGGGUUUCCCAGGAGGCCCCGAUCGGAGUGCAGAAGGCAGAGGCUGCUGCGCUGGUCUGGAGCAAAAAAGCCAUCUAUGGCACUUACGCCUGGAUCUGGGUCUGCUAUUUCAUGCUUGCGCUUCACGAAUACAUCAGUACCAACGUGCUCUACUAUGCUUACUCGAAUUUCUCCCACGCCUCGCAAGUCACGACGGCCUAUAUCUUAGCGACCAUCAUUGGUGGAGUGCUGAAACUACCCAUUGGAAAGCUUCUUGGAAUCUGGGGACGUGCUGAAGGCCUGAUCGUCUUCGUCAUCGUCUACGUUCUUGGGCUGAUCAUUCUCGCGGCAUGCAAUGGCCCCAAUGCCUUCGCUGCUGGCUAUGUCUUCUACUGGAUCGGUUACGAUGCUAUAUACCUCAUUCUGGAGAUUUUCAUUGCUGAUACGUCCGGUUUGCGCAACCGAGCCUUUGCUUUUGGCUUCUCCACAACGCCUUUCAUCUGCUGUGCCUUUACCGGUUCUCUUGCCGCCAACUCCUUUAUCAAGACUUCGGGCUGGCGCUGGGCCUAUGGUGCCUUCGCCAUAAUACAGCCCUUCGUCUUCGCGCCCCUCAUUUUCGUCUUCAAAUAUUAUGAGCGGAAGGCCUACAAGACCGGUGUUCUGGUUCGCCAAGACAAUGGCCGGACCUGGUUCCAGUCGCUGAUCCACUACAUUCACGAAUUCGAUGUCAUCGGUGCCUUCAUCCUCAUGGCCGCCUUCGUACUCUUCCUCCUCCCCUUCAGCCUAGCUAGUUAUGGCCGAACAGAAUACCAUAACGCUGCCUUCAUCGCCGAAGUAGUCAUCGGUUUCGUUCUCUUCUUUGUCUUCGCAGCCUGGGAGAGAUGGUGCGCCCGGGUCCACUUCAUCCCCUACGACCUUCUCCGGGACCGCACCGUCCUCGGCGCCUGCCUCCUUGCCGCAGUCGUCUACUUCAGCUUUUACUGCUGGGACAGCUACUUCUACUACUUCGUAAUGGUCGUCUACAAUCUGGACGUAACCAAAACCGGCUACAUGACCUCCAUCUACACCGUCGGAUCGUGCGUCUGGUCCCCCGUCUUCGGCUUCUGGAUCCGCAUGGUCAAGGAGUUCAAGUACUCGUGUCUGUGCUUCGCGGCGCCGCUGAUGUUCUUGGGUGCCGGGUUGAUGAUCCAUUUCCGCGGUCAAGACGCAGAUAUCGGGUACGUAAUUAUGUGCCAGAUCUUUAUUGCUUUCUCGGGUGGUAUGUUGGUCAUUGGUCAGCAGAUGGCGGUGAUGUGUGCGUCGAACAGGGAUGGGAUCCCGAUUUUGUUGUCGAUGUUGGGUCUGUUCAACAGUAUUGGUGGCGCUAUUGGGUAUGCGGUUUCGGCGGCGAUUUAUACCAACACGUUCACGGAUGGGUUGAGGAGGGCGCUGCCGGCGGAGGAUCAGGACCUGUUCGAGACGUUGUACUCUGGGGGUUAUUUGUCGCAGAUGAAGUAUGAGCCUGGGUCGGCGGUUAGGGAUGCGGUCAAUUAUGCCUGGGGUUAUAUGGAGAAGUACGAGGCUAUUGCAGCGACUUGUAUUUUGGUGUUGAUGUUUCCGGCGGUGGGUAUGUGGAAGCAUUAUAAUGUGGACAAGAAGCAGAAUAAGGGGACGAUGAUCUAGGAUGGGCUGUU